CUUUCUGGCCUGUGAGCAGGCUCUCAAGCUUUGCAGCACGAGCAAAUGCGAAGGAAUGAGAAAUGAGUCGGCGCGCGAAACGGGCUGGUGAGGGCGGCACGAAAAGAGGCUCUCGUUUUCGCCGGCUCGCUUCCUUUGCCCACUCGUCUCUCGCAGCUUCGCGUGUGAUGGUGCUGCAGUGCAUGAAUGCGGUUUGAAUGAGGUUUUUUCCUAAGAUGACUAAGAUCAGGAGCCCAUUGCUAAGAUGGAGGGGGAUCUUUCCCGCGGAUCGACUGUGUCCCGAAUAUCGCUCGCAAAGACUUCUGGGUGAUAAACGAAAAGACCUGUGUCUAUUGGAAUGACCACACUCUUAACAGCGGCGAUCGAUCGAAGUUCACUGUUUUGAGUUGGAAACGGAAAAUCAAGUACACACCAAUAAGCCAUAAGAAAAGAAAAUCCAUUACCGCACACGUACAUAAGCUGCAGUAAUCUUGAACAUGGCUUCAUGGCGCAACUAAGCAAAGGAGUAUUCCGUUCCAUGGUCUGUCGACUUCACGUGAACUCUCGGUGCCAUCAUCGCACUGGUGAUUAACUGCUCUUUUACAACUCUCUAAACUUCCUGAUUUUCCGGCGGCGGGUUUUGAUGUACUUCCAGAAAGCUUUUGUUUUGAGAUGGAAAGAGUGCUGGAUGUUCGUCGACCGCCAGAACAGAGUCAAACUGGGCUGUCCAGAGCAUCGAAGAUAUUCUUUGGUUGCGACAUUUUUCAAGUCAUUGCUGUAGUAGUGUUUCAAAGUUCAAUGAUUGCUCUUGGAGACUUCAGUGCCUACAAUAAUACCAAGCAUCCUGGAAUGGGACCAGGUCGCAGGAUUUAUAUGGUAAUCUACAUGGGUGCUGUUUUUUACACAUGUCUUCUCUGCUUAUUUGCUGUUAAGCGACAGAACUUUAUGGAAAUUAUAGCCUUUGAUUUGCAAAACUUUGGAUUUCUUGCAUACAGCUUCAUCCAACUUUAUCAUGUGAGAUUCAAGAAAUAUAACGGAUUAAGAACCAGUGAGAGUGAUGCUCUACCAAGGAUUGUAAUAGCCAAUGCAAUGACCCUUUUGAUUCUUAAUAUUGUUUUUACGUACCUCUCAUACAAACUGUACAUGGAAUUUGGAUGGAAAAUCUAUAAAAGAGUGCGUUUUAACAUCAGGCUGAGAGGAAUUUAUCAACUGUAUGAACUUCUGUUUUGCCUUUUGAAAAUGGAAAUUCUUUACUGGGGAAUGUUUGCCAUCGUUCACAGUUUUGUUUUGUUGCGGGACUCACAUAACAUUCUCUAUUUCAUGAGCCUGUCAUUUAUACCUUUAACAUUAAUGUAUGCUGGUCUGGGCUACUAUGCGGCACGGCGUGAGAACAGAGUGCUCAUGAUAUUUUUCCUUACCUGGACCCUUGCUGGGAUUGGUUACUUCUUGUACAAACUUUAUGGGUUUAUUACUCGUACAUGCAAUGGCUGUGCUGAGUUUGAAGUCACUGGAAAAGAUAUCCCUUCUGAAGCUUUCAUGCAUUUUGUUUAUUUAGGAUCCAUGAACCUUGUGGUUGCCAUAAUAAUAUUUGGCAUUGCAGUAAAGGUAUACCGUAAUUUUGGUGGUGGAUUAGCGCAGCAUUUUCGACAAAAGAAGAAACCUCAAGAAAAGUCUGCAGCUAGAUUAAGCCUAGGACGAGGGAGUCAUUGUUACACUGAAGAGAGUGUCGUUUCCGUGACGUCAUACGACAGCGCAUAUGACGAGUUUGGGGAGAGCGUUAGGUUGGACCGAGGAAUGUUACAUCCUGUUCACACAGAUCUGCCAUUACUGACGGAAAACGGACACCUUCGAGUGGACAAACGAAGCUGUAGUUUGCCGAAUUUGCUGUCAGACUCCUCGGCAAGGCCUGCUUGUUAUCCGGGCCGGCCAUUGGAUGGAGAUGUUUCUUUAUUGAGCGGUUGGCUGCAAGCGGACGAAGGGAAGCGAGACUCCGCAAACCUAGAAAUCAUCGCAGAAGAGGCAACAGUCGAAAAUCCAGAAACAUGUGAAUCUGGAGCAAAACUAGCUCCCGAUGAAACGCCUCUUCAGGCCGAUGAGACUACGCAAGGCUCCAUAUUCAAUGCAUUUACAAACGGUGUUCACACAUCAAACAAUAGCAAUCUCUCUUCUUCUAACUUCCACGUACAUGGUUGUGUGAAUAACGCAACUGAACUGCUCGUAUGUAGAGACACGCAUCUGGUGCCUAAACAUGGACAGAAUGGCCAUCUUCCCGGGAAAGCUCGCAUGAAGCAUGCCGGCACAAGCUUUGAAAAUAGUUGNAUAUUCUUGUGUCCUUGA